AUGAUGACGAAGCCAAUCGAAGUCCGGUGGUACUACCAUGGCCCGGACAACGAGAUUUAUGGGCCAUAUGCAGCUAAAGAGAUGAUGAUGUGGACUCAGUCGGGAUAUUUCAACGACUCUCUACUAAUUCGUACUGAACAUGAAGAACGAUUUCACACUCUCGGCGAAUGGACUCGAGUUUGUGGUGGCAAGGUACCCUUCGUGCUUCCGGUAGUAUCUAUGGAGUCCCUCGUCGGUCCAAUGGGCCCUCGUCUAAAUCCUUUAGUGAUUGGAAUGCUCCCACCCGGCCUACCGCCUCCAUUUCCCCCUCCGGUGCAUGGAAGG